AAACAGCCCAAACCAGAUUCUCACACAACACACCCUGUAAGAGCAAGUUACCUUUCAACAGCCACCACAUUCCCCACGCCAAUUUACCAGGAGUGAGCUAUGGAUUAUCUGAAGCAGAUUGAUGGAAUUGUGUCCACUGCCAAAUUUGGAGACUUGAUAGAAUUUUCCUAUCCCAUCGGCUAUUCACACUGGGGAGUGUAUGAUGAAGAUGGAUUUGUAAUCCAUUUUGCUGUAGCAGAUCAGGGGCAACUGAUGAACAACAUACGAACUUCCCUGCAAACAAUCUUCCCUGUAUGUGGGGACCUUCUUCUUGGGGAAACCAAGAUCCGCAGAGUGCCUCUUAGUGAGGUGAACGUCCCAAAAGGAGUCCAUGUCUUGAUAAGUAACAAUCGACAUGCCUUCACACCAUCAGAGCCUGAGGAAAUGAGACUACGCUAUGACGCCCUGCUUGAUAAGGAACUUCCAUACCAUCUAUUCAAUCUCAACUGCGAGCACUUUGCCACAUUUGUACGUUAUGGAAAAGCUGUGUGCAACCAGAUUCCUGCAAGAUCCAAGAAUGUAGAGUGCGUGAAGGCAACUGCAGUCUUUUCAGACAUUGUCAGCACCCAUGCACGUCUGAAAAGUGAAGCCAGUGAGGAAGUGCCUUAAACCAGCAUUAUUUCUAAUGGCCACCAGGGGACGACUAAACUUGUUGCAAAAAGAGGUCAGAUUGUCCAGAAGUCUGUUCAAAAAUGUCCCUACUUCUCAAUGGUUUAUUUAUGAAGCAGCCCAUGCUUUAGGGCUUGGCUGCAUGUGCAGCAUUCGCUUUUGUUUGUUUCUUUGUCUCUUUCUCUCUCUGGUGUGCUCUCUCCCCUCGACCGGGAAAGAGAAAGGGAGUUGGAGGAGAAGGGUGUAAAAGGACGAACAUGCCAGACAGCGUGCUGCACAGUUUUACCCAAUUGUUUGUCCGGAGCAUGAGCUAGAUUUUUAUUAUUUUAGCUUGGGCUGGAGAUCUGUUUUGGUCUGGUUUAGAUAUUUUCCAUUAGGAAAAGUGCGAUGGCCCCCUGCUUAGCUGGUUCAGGGGCUUCUUUAUCAUUUGCUCUUUUUGGCUGGGAUCCAACCCCAUUACUUUGUUUUCUUUUGCACUUUGAGUAUUGUCACUUUUCUUAAAAAAAUAAUAAAGUUUAUGGGUUUUCUCCUGUACCUGG